AUGUAACGUUAGGUCCCCGAAACUGAUUAUAUACGCGUUCUCUGGCGUGUGUAGCUAGAUAAUAACAUAGUUGAGAGACAUUAAACAUAUUCUAUCGUUUACGGAAAAUGGUGCCUCGCCUGUGGAAAACCUAUUUUGACCAAUGAAUCGGUCACAACGUUGGCAGUAGCGGGGACCUAAAAAAGUGUCGGACCGGAACAGGAUGUGGGAAAAUAUGUUUGAACCGGUUUGAGCUAAACAAAAAAAAUACAAAAAUCAACAUAGCAAACACAAACUGUGAAAGUGUUCUGUGGACUUUUACGUGAUAGGGUGGUACAUCGACAAACUUGAAAGACGGUAACAGUGUUACAUAUGUAUGCCGCUUAAAUGCCUGGAUGAGAAGCAUUUAUUUCAACAAAUAACCAAGGAUACUAGCUAAACCUCCGCUAAUAUUUGCGCCAUGAAUCCAUCCAAUCCGUUUGGCAGUCCACAAGGUGGAGCUUUCCAAGCCCCAAGCAACACUGUGAAGACUGGUUUGUUCCAGUCAUUUGGACAACAAAAUCCUAGCAAUCAGCCCCAAACUAUGGGUUUUUUUCCACCAUCAGCGUUUGGACAACCAUCUGUCUUAAAUCAGCCCUCGCCUCAUGGAAAUACCGUUUUCGGACAGACCCCUGCCUUUGGACAGUCGUCAGCACAGACCCCCUCGCUGCCAACAAUAAGCCAAGCUCCAGCAUUUGGACAGACAUCAGUAGGAAUGAGUAGCUCAGGCUUUGGUAAUGGCGCUGCACCAGCUUUUGGACAGACUAGUGGACCGAAUCAGAGUUCAGUCUUUGCCCAGACGACUUCAUUUGGGCAGACGUCUGCCUUUGGGCAGGCUCCAGGAUUUGGUCAGCAACCCCCUGGGUUUGGCCAACAGCCCCCUGGGUUUUCAAACACCCAUAUGGAUUCUGGCUCUACCACUGCCUUAGGGCAACCUCAGCCACUGGGUUUUGGACAGUCUGUGUUUGGACAGCCGUCCUCUACCAGUGUCACCACCAGUGUAUUUGGCACAGCUCCGAGUGCGACCCCGAGCAGAGGCUUCGCAUCACCCAAAUACAGUUUCAAGCCGGCCAAUGAGGCAGUGUUCAAACCCAUCUUCAGUGCUAGCCCUGAGCCUGCUAACCCUCAAACUAAUGCAAUGUCAGGCUCACCUUUUGGCAGCAGUGGGUCCCAGACAAGCUCCAGCACCAUGGGCGGCAGCAUUAGCAUCACCACCACCACUGGCUCCUCUCUGCCCACUGGGGCUCAGUCUGGCCAGCUGGGCUUCAGCUUCUCACAGCCAGCUUCAGCUCCCUCUAUCUCUGCUCAGGACAAUCCACUAACAACCGGCAAUAGGAGCACUUCUUACAACACGCCGCAGUUCACAUUUUCUCAGCCAGCUGCACCCUCCAGCUCCAGCCCUAAGGUACCAACCACCCAGCCCACCACCCCAUCGUCUUUUAGGUUUUCAGCCAAAGCCCUCCAGCCCCAGACAAAACCACUUUUUGGAGGAACCAGUUGUGGUCAGCCCUCAGUUUUUGUUGACACCAGAGCUAAAGCAGAGACUAGUACAGAGGAGAAAAGAAGCAACCUUGAGGGACUAGGAGACCCAAAUAUAUUUCGGCGACUUAGCAAAGGCACCAAGCGCAAGGAGGAUCCAACAGUCGGCAGCACUGGCCCAGAGAAGCAUGCCGUAGGAGAGGAGGAGGAGGAGGAGGAGGAUGUUCCAGCAGAAGCAGAUUCACCAAGACACCCUUCAAAGAGGCCCCUAAUGAGGUCCCGCGGCCCACCAGUAGGCUUAUUUGGUAGGGCAUUAAGUGGUAUUCGUAGAGAUGUCUCUAAACCAGUGAGGCGAGAGGCUGCAAAGGAGACUCAGCAACAAGCGCCGAAGUGGGAGGAGACAGAGAGGGAAGACAUCCAAGCCCAGGGUGACGACCUACCUACAACUACACCACCCACAGUGCAAGCUCUGACUAGGGAUGUCCUAGAAAAAGCUGAAGAGUCAGACUCCGCAAAAUCCCCUGACUCAAACCUUGACAUCACAACCCCUGUGAGAUGUGCCAGACGCAGGGAGAGCUCGGAGAGCCUGAGCGGCAUGUCUCCCACCGACUGCACCAUCAUCCGGUGCAUGAAUGUGCCUCCAGCCUACAACAGGAAGGAAGUGAUCGAGAAGCACUUUAGUCGUUUUGGCAAAGUCCGUAGAGUCUUCUGCCGGACUGGCAAGAACAUGGUCAUAGUACACUUUGAUGAUCAUGCAUCAGCGGCAAAGGCAAAGAAGAAAGGCAAACUCCUGCAUAGACACGAACUCACUCUCUUGUGGCAGAGAAAGAAGCAGAGUCCCGGGGACAAAGGGAGCAGACCUGCCGCAGCAAAGGAGGAGGGAGAAAGUCAGGAGGACACAGAGUCCAAGGCUGCUUUCUCACCACUCAGAAAACCUGCACACAGAAGUUCUGCAGUCCCCAGCAUGAUGGCCGUCAGCCGCAGUUCCCCGGCGAAGAAGUCGUCCUCAGCCAAGUCUCUGCAGUUUGACACUGAAGCCCAGAGAGAGAGCAGCACAGAGGCCCAGAGCUCCGAGUGCCCAGUCCCCUCCUCCCUCCUCCACCUCAUUGGCCAGAUGGCUGAGACCGCCGAGGACAAGUUCCGCCUCCUGGAGCAGAGAGACAAGAUCCUGCGUCAAGGUCGGCCCAAGAGGACGGACCUGAACCUGUCGAAGGUGUUUGUGGGGACGUGUCCUGACAUGUGUCCAGAGAAGGAGCGGUACAUGAGGGAAACCCGGAAACAGCUGAGCAUAUUCGAGAUCCUCCCGGAUACGGAGAUGGUGGACCACUCUGCAGCCAUCAAGGAGUACAGCCGCUCAUCAGCCGACCAGGAAGAGCCCCUGCCCCAUGAGUUGCGACCCCUGCCUGUGCUCAGUAUGACCAUGGACUAUCUGGUGACUCAGAUCAUGGACCAGGGCCAUGACAACUACCGGGACUGGUAUGACUUUGUCUGGAACAGGACCCGCGGCAUUCGCAAGGACAUUAUCCAGCAGCACUUGUGCUGCCCAUACACGGUGUCGCUGAUUGAGAAGUGCACACGCUUCCACGUACACUGCGCUCACCACCUCUGCGAGGAGCACAUGUCGGCUUUUGACGCCAAGAUCAACAACGAGAACAUGACAAAGUGCCUGCAGAGUCUCAAAGAAAUGUACCAGGACCUGGCCACGCGUCAGGUCUUCUGUCCCCUAGAGGCCGAGUUCCGCCAGUACAGCGUGCUGCUGAAGCUCAACGACGGCGACAUCCUGCGUGAAGUGCAACAAUUCCGCGACGAGGUGCGCAAUUCCCCUGAGGUGAAGUUUGCCGUGCACGCAUUCACUGCAGUCAACAGCAACAACUUUGUGCGCUUCUUCAAGCUGGUGAAAGGAGCUUCCUACCUCGCUAGUUGCCUCCUACACAGAUACUUCAAUCAGGUCAGAGCUAAGGCCUUGAAGACCUUGAACUUGGCCCACACGGUGGGUCCACGGUCGACUGCGUUUCCAGUUGAGGACAUAGUUCGGAUGUUAAUGUUCCGCAACACUGAUGAGGGAAUUGACUUCAUCCAGCAGUACGGCCUGACUGUCAACGAUGGUGUGGUAGAGCUGAGUCGGGUAGCCUAUCAGGAGCCAGAGCUGCCUCUGUCCCAGAAGAAGUCAGACGUCAUCCUCGCAAAGAAAACUGUGUUGAUUGGACAGGUGGUGCACGGAGGCCCCCUCCCCAGCCUUCCGCAGCACAUCCCCGUCUGCUGCUUUGACUCCCAGAACAGAUUCCGUGGAGAAGGCCCUCUGGCUGAGCCCACUCCAAGCCAAUUUAAAGGAAUCACUGCCAAGGUGGAGGUGAAGGCACCACCCAGCGUUGAGUUGCUGUCGCAGAUCGUUCCAGACAUGCCCGCUGUGUUCAGGCUGCCUCCAGCCGUUCUAGACGAGAAGGGAGAGCCCAGUGAACCGUGUCCCAGCACGGCCCACCCAGCAGAUGCCCAGCAGUUGUUCCAGCCCAUAUCUCAACCUCAGCCUGUCAAACCGCCAUCACCUCCACCCAAACCUCGGCCGGCGUACAGCAAUGAGGACAUAAUGGCUGAACUGGACUGUGUGAUUGAAGAGGUGUUGGAAGUAGCAGUGAGGCAGGUAGCAGACGCUGGUGCCAGCUAUGCCACCGCAGCGCUUGCGGAGAGCAGUGUGCAGGCAGACUCUCUGGUGAGUGAGGUGCUGGGACAGAUGCUGCAGGAGAUGUCCUCCACCGAGAUAAAGCUGGAGCAGGAGCGCAUUGCUGAAGAGAAACGCAAGCUUGAAGAAGCCAGGAGGAGGCAGGAGCACGAGGCCUUCCUGGUUCAGUACAGCUUCUCUCUCUGCACAGAACUCAUGUACGAAGUUUUAAGUGAGACCAUCAAGGAGACGGCAACCUCUGAGAUCCAACAAGCAGAGAAUGAGAAAGCAAACCGUGUAGCUAAAUGCACAGAGCAGGUCUGUACCAGUCUAGUUGAGGAGACUUUGAAUGCAGACAUUGCUCUGUUGGUUGAAGAAAUUCUUGAAGCCGAGCUGCAGCGCAUCCACAAAUACAUCAAAAGGUGGCGUGAUGUGGUGGCAGUGCGUCGGCAGCUGAAGAGACAGAUGAGAGGUUUCCCUGCAGCUCCCUGCUGCGUGGACCCUCGAUUCAAACUGAAGGCGCUGGCUCCCAGCGCCCCUGCACAGCCCUGCAUAGCAGAUCUGGCCCGGGGUCUGGUCAACUUGGGAAACGCCGGCACGCUGGCCCUCUCCAGCACCAGGUUGUUGAGAGUGAGACAAGAAGCGAUCCACCAGAUGAGAGUUCACUACUACUAUCAGCAGCUGCUCGAUGAGACAGUGUGGGCGCCACUCGACCUGCCAGCAUUUGUGACAGAAAAUAUCCCCAACCCACCGGACCGAAUCUUCUGGAAAGCUGUUCUCCUCCUACCGAGUGACCACGAGAGUGAAGCCAGCCUGGCAGACAGGAUCCUGUCAGACUGGCUGGAGGUGAAGCUUGGUGGCGGUAAGGACUCAGAGGUGAGGGAGGAGCAGCUAGAUGGCACGCUGCAGACCCUCUAUGUCACCAACACACUGCAGGAUAAUGGACAACGCACUCACAAAGUUCACAUCAGCAUCAAGGCGUCCCGAGGCCCUCUGACCGAAGACGGCCUGUCCAAAACCGAGGGGAGCGGUGAGCUCCAGGGGACGGGAGCCCUUAUAAUGUUGCUCCCCGCGAUGCCCGUCAUCAUCGAGCCCGGGCACGACGAGCAGGAUCUACAACUGCUGUCAGCCCUGCUUCAGCUCAAACAGCUACAGCAAGCCAGCACCUGGCACCGCCCGCUGCCUCUGGCCAUUCUGGUGCCAGGGCCCAAGUGUGGCACUGGGGAUACACAGCAACUCCAAGAAGCCCUGAUGCUGCACACACUGGUCCAGGAAGGCCUGAUAUCGGAGUUCACAUUCUUCUUCAUACCAGAGACCACAAGUGAUAUACAGGGAUCCCAACAGCUGAGCCAGGCUACACGUUGGCUGCUGGCCCGUGCUCCCCCACCCUUCCCACUCUCCUGUCAGACCCUGGUGCAGCUCGUAGAGGCCAGUUUGAGCCAUGAGUUCAGUCCCAGAGUUUACGCCCAUCGGCAGGAGCGGGCUGCUGCAUGUCUUCCUCCCGAGGACCCUGGGCCCGUCAUCAAGCUGUACAACGCUGUCCUGGCUCACAUUGCUGACAAAGUGUCGUCCCAGGAUCUCAGCAGACUCUCGUGGCCGCCAGGCGAGUUCUGCCUGCCUGAUACUCGUGACUUUGUCCCUCAUUUGGGCUGGAACUCUGCCCAACACCUGGCCUGGUUACGCCAAGCCAUCCUCAGCCUGCAGCUGCCACAGUGGGAGCAGCUCUCUGCUACAGACUCGUGGUCGGAGCUCUGCUCCUCUAUCUUUCGCUAUGCUGCUCAGAUCCCAGUCUCACGCCGCAGUCAGCCUCUGCUAAUGUCACGGCUGGAAAACCUUCUGGAAAGGGUCAGGCUAAAGGGUCGCCGUACCCGAAACCCCAGAUCCAAGGUAACCGUGACUCACUGGGACGACGGAGAGGAGAUGGUGGGUCCAGCCUUCAGUCAGAUUCCUUGGGACGACGUGUUGGUGAUUUGCAUAGACCACAAGCUGAAAGACUGGCUGAUCCCAGGACCACCUGUCUGUGAAGAUGCGGUUACCGAUGAUGGGGAGAUCCUGGUUUACCUCCCCACAGAGUCAUUAAAGGGUUUCCAGCCUCCAGAGGAGUGGACCCAGACCAUCAGACGAACCCACAGAGAGAAGCAGCAAGAGAGGGAAGGGGCGGCCGCGGCUGCUUGUGCCAUGCCCAGCAGUCCAUCCCUCAGACAGAGGUUGUUCCACAGUGUGGUGGAGCCUCUCGAGGCCCCGACAGCCCCGCUGGACAUCACGCACACUCCCACAGCACAAGAGCUACUGGCCCACAACGUCCUCCGGAGCUUAGAGAAAGAGAAGGCUGAAAGCAAAAGGAGCAUGGAGCAGCUUCAGCGUUGGCUGGAUGGGGACCCCUUGGACCACUUGUCCACAUCGCUUUUUAUUCCAUCGUCCACUCUGUUGUCCAUGCCCAGCACCACCAUAAUGCAUACACCCACAGCCCAGACUCGAGAUGCCCCUCUCACACAGGAGCCAGAGCCUAAUGAUCUGAUGGACCAAGCAGACUGGCCUAAAGCUCCGCCUGUAUCUAUGGCAUUGCGAUUGAAGGAACUCGAGCAACAGAUCUUGGCAAGCCAUGAGGAGGAGCUGGCCUGCAGACUGAGGCUGAGUAGUCUGCUGAGCAUUGUUGAUGAUUGAUGGACUAUUGAAGGGAAAUUAAAACAAAGGACUCUACGCCUAUGCAAACAUUUUAAAACAGACAACAUAUAAAAAACUUCUGCCUGAAGCGAAA